GAAGAAAUUGAGCUGUCUCCACCCGCGAUAAUGGUAUGUUUAUGUUUUCAUUAUGAGGGAAGAUUUCACUGAUUUCGAGAAAUUAACAGUUAUUCACCGAGGGGGAGGUAAAGAUCCAAAACUUUCACUGACACUGAGAUGUAUAAUCCCUGAAUACAAGAGAUGAUAAUCUCUUGUUUUGAUACAUAAUUAUGCUUAAAGAUCUACGUUUGUGUAUUGUUGAUAACGUGUCGAUGGAACGUUGGUGAAGUGUCGGUGGAGCGUUCAUAGUUUGUUAGCUAUUAUCAUCUAUCUUUCACACAUCCUUUUAACCAGGUAGAUAUUGCAGUAGUUGUUGAACUCCUCAGCAUUUUCAUGAAAGACUUAAGACUUAGAAUCUGGACUUGGCUUGAGUCGAUUGUGCUCGUAAAACUGGCAUAUUAUGCUCCUAGCACUGCUCAAAAUUUACGAAAUUUAAGCCCGAGUUAUGCUCGUUUCUCUAAAUUAUGCUCCUGGCAUCAAAAUUAUGCUACUUGAUUUUUAAGCAAAACAAAGGCAGAGCAUCGGGGAAAACACAAAACAAACAGCAACUGAUUACUGAUUAUAUUCAAUACAAAAUUACCAAAAUUGUUCACAUCGUGGAAGUAAAAAUGCAGAUUAUGCCGGCAGUGCUUUUCUUUGAAAAAAGUUAAAAAUUAUGCUCGUUUUGCCAAAUUAUGUUAAAAAUUAUGCUGGCACAAUCGACUCAAGCCUAAUCUGGACCCAGGGCUUAUCAUCGCCGUAUGAAACUUUGAUUAGUACCCCAAAGAGUCUUUCACCUCUUUUAAGAGAAAUGAUAAGAUAUAUUAAAGUUCACACGGCAACCAGGUGGACAAUCAGACAUAGUUUGAUGCUACACUGGUUUGCAGAUUUAAUGAAUGUAACCGAAGAAGUUACAAUUCAUAGACCCAACGUUUCGACACUCCUGUCUAGUGCCUUCAUCAGGGGUGAUCUAAACGCUGCAACAAGAGGUCCUUUUAAUAUAAUAUAAUUUUAAUAUAACGGCACAUACUAUCAACAAGUUUUUGGUACAGCGAUGGGUUCGCCUGUUUCUGCUGUCAUUGCUAACAUGGUAAUGGAAGAUGUGGAACAAAGGGCCUUAGUCACUUCACCGGUUAAACCCUGUCGAUGAUGUUAUUUCUGCGGUAUCCGGAAAUGAAGCGGAGCGCCUCUUGUCGCAUUUGAAUUCAGUAGAGCCGUCGAUCCAAUUCACCCUUGAACGUGAAAAGGAUAGACAUUUGCCCUUUCUUGAUUUAAACGUGUCCAGAGGGGUUCAGGGUAAUUUAGAGACCAGUGUCUACCGUAAACCCACCCACACCGACAAAUACCUCGCUUUCGAUUCUCACCAUCCUAUUUGCCAUAAGAAGUCUGUAGCCAAAACUUUACUUAGGAGGGCUGACUGUCUACCAUCAUCACUCGAUUCGAAGGCUGAGGAGAGGAAAUAUGUUUCCAAUGUCCUAAAGGCAAAUGGCUAUACAAAAACUUUUCUCCGUAACUGCCAAAAACCAGUUACAAAUAGUAACGCUCUUGAUGAAAGGGAACCAGCGACUGGUUUUGCUGUUAUUCCUUACAUACAGGGUGUUACUGAACCCAUCAAGAGAAUUUUGAAUAGUCACAACGUUAAAGUUGCUCAAAAACCUUUUCAGACUUUGGGGCAUAUUUUCGCCAAACCUAAGGAUCCUGUCACGAAAGAACAACGAACCGACGCCAUUUAUUCUAUUCCUUGCAAUGUCUGUGACAACGAAUACAUCGGACAGACCAAACGCCAGUUUGGUACACGGUUAAAAGAGCACCAAAAAGCGGUUUUUCUUUGCAAAAAGGAAAAUUCAGCUUUAUCGGAGCAUACUUGCCUAACCAACCAUACAAUUGGGUGGGAUAAUUCUAAAAUUAUCACCACUAAUCGGCGUUACCACCAGCGCCUUUGUUUGGAGGCUUGGCACAUUAACUCCGCCCACGCUCCUUUAAAUCGUGACGAUGGCGGUCUGCUUCCUGACGCUUACUUACACCUCGUCAGAAAAAAAGGCCGCUAAUUAGUGAUCAUAUAAAAGGACCUCUUGUUGCAGCGUUUAGAUCACCCCUGAUGAAGGCACUAGACAGGAGUGUCGAAACGUUGGGUCUAUGAAUUGUAACUUCUUCGGUUACAUUCAUUAAAUCUGCAAACCAGUGUAGCAUCAAACUAUGUCAGAAAUGAUAAGGUUAUAUUUUUUGUUAUUGCCCUCGUUCACAAAUCGGUUAAUAAAUCUUGUAUUUAGUAUACACGUUUUGUUUUUGUGUUUCCCGUAGGUGCCUAGCGACAGUGCCCAGACUCCUGUAUAUGCCCAAGUGUCAAGCGCUUGUUCCUACAGCUACACACACCCGUACAAGCCAGUAGAGAAAAAUAAUGGGAAAGAACACGAGUACGUCAAUCAAAUAAAGACUGGGGACUACGAAAAUACGUAUAUGCCUCUCACCAAUCUUAAUAUGUCAGCCGAAGAUUCUCGUGCAUAUGCAUCGCUUUUGCCGUUUAAAGAGGAAGAGAACAACAACGUUUAG